AUGUAUCAACUUUAUAUAUUAGGUGUGUCUUUCUGCAGUUGCUUCUUUCACUGCAAUCUCAUCUGCUAUUGCACUCUCUUUCCAAACAACACGGUGGGAGAAAAUAAGCUGCAUAGAAAUCACCUCAUUCUUUUUACUGGCUGUGAAAAUCACCCUUCCAUACGCGGCUCGGGAUUCCAUCCUCCGCGCGACUCGGUCUUUCAUUGUUUCCAGUACUUUAUUCAACCCCAUUUCCAUUGGAGCUGCUUCCGCACGAUGGCCGCAUGCCCAUCUUCCGGUAUCCCUUUAAUUCUGUGUUUUUCCGUGUUGCCGAAGAUUAUCGUUUCUGCAGUGGACUAA